UGCUGCUGGCCUGAGAUGGGAGCGCACAUAGCAGCACCAUCACGGCCGGAGAAACGGGAGAAAUCUGGAAGGAAACACCGAAAACCAACAACACCUUGUACUCGCCGCGGGGAAAAAAUGGGAUAACGAAGCAAUUCAGUUCACUCAGCACCGGAUCCCAACGCUUGAUCCCGUCUUAUGAGGAACUCAGAUGUUGUCGUCGCCUGCGUUUUGCGCUUUUUUAUCCAUUCUCCUUGAGCGCAGCUGGUACAAAGACGCUUGUUCCAGAGCAGCAGCAGCAGCAGCACCUGGGAUUACAGCCUCAUGAAUGAGAGUGAAUGGAGCAGACAAACCUGAGGUGGUAGAAACACACAGUGAGUAAACCAGAGCUGGAUUAAAACACUUUCUUCUUUUUUCUCUUUCUCCCUGGGAGCCAGACCACCCGCGUAACACCCGCGAACACUGACUAUCAUUGUGUCGAGGAUGGUUUUUUGAAAAUCUUAUUUUCAAAGUGGCCUUUCCUGGAAUAAUGCACGAGAAAAACGAGCUCUAUCGCAGCUUUUUAUUAAUUUUUAUGUCUGCCAUAUUCCCAGGUUUUCCUCUGACUGAACAGCCGGUUUCUCUUGUUCAGAAUGGGAUGUAUUGUUGCGACUGCGCAACCCACGACAAGUGUCAGCAAUUAGACUCUGUGUGUGAACGGUUUACCUAAAGGCCUUGUAUAAACACUGUCACUGCUUUCUAACUGGAUUUGGCCAUUGUUAUCAAGAAGGAGUCUGUGGCAAACUGGACUUAACAUAAAAAAGGGGCCAAACUGUGCGCACUUGGCAUCAUUUCCCCCCCUGUGUGCGUGAACCAGGGCCGGUCACAGAAAUAAAUUAGGCACAGUAUGGUGGAGCCGGUGGGAUUCAUUGAGGCGUGGAAGGCGCAGUUCCCGGAGUCUGAACCCCCCAAGAUGGAGCUGCGGUCGGUGGGGGGCAUCGAGCAGGAGCUGGAGAAGUGCAAAGCCUCCAUUAGACGCCUGGAGCAGGAGGUGAACAAGGAGCGCUUCCGCAUGAUCUACCUGCAGACCCUCCUGGCCAAAGAGAGGAAGAGCUACGACAAGCAGCGGUGGGGCUUCAGGAAGACGCCACUCAAUGAGGGGAUGGACCCUGCAGCCACACAGGGGGCAGAGUCCCCAUCCCAGCAGCCCCACAUGCAGGAGACCGGUGGAGUUGGUGUAGUAGUGGGUGGAGGAUAUCCUGGUGGUAGUGGGGUUCCCGGGGAUAGGAGCCGUUUUCAGCCUCUUGGAGAUGGAACUGGCAGGUCCAAACCAAGGCCGCCACCAGCCAGAAAGUCAGCCUCCCACGGUGACGGCCUGGAGUCAGCCUUUGACGUACCUCCACAAGCUGAGUCCACGUCCUGCGACAACCUGGACGGUCUCUCGCCGUCAAAGCAGAGAGGCGGCGUCACCGUGUCACCCCGCCGACCCACCCUACCACCCCCAGACAAGGAGCUGCCCUCUGACCCCAAGGACAAGCUGGGGAUGGGACUCGGUGUGGCAGCUCUCAGAUCCAACUUUGAGAGGAUCAAACGGGCCAACUCUCACUCUGCAGGUGACGUAGCAAAGGGUCAGGAGAAGCUGCCACCACCACCACCACCCUUCUACACCAACAUGGAGUUCCACCACGAGAGGGGUUUGGUCAGGGUCAACGACCGCGACGUCUCCGACAAGAUCAGCUCCCUGGGCAGCCAGGCCAUGCAGAUGGAGAGGAAGAGAUCUCUACAUUCUCUCCCAGGUAAUCUGGCGACGGUGGCAGGGGAGCUCCGUGCGAGGCCGGUGUACCGAGGACGGUCCACUGAGAGCACCUGUGGCUACGAUGCAGAAUAUGAAGACGGGGAGCCCAACCAGCGGCAUUCAGGGAGAGCCAAUGGGGGUAAACCUCCACCACCUCCAUGGCAGCCCUCCGAGUUCCAGGCCUACUCCAGCGUCUAUGUCGGCGGGGUGAUGAUGGGCGAAGGCGGCAGUGGAGACGGAAGAGGAGGUAGUGGUGGAAGUGGGAGUGGAGUCACGAUGAGAGACCACGGCGGAGGUGACGACCACCUCCUGACCUGGCCACGCCGCUCCUACUCCCCGGGCAGCUUUGAGGAUGUCGGCGGAGGCGGUGGCUACACGCCGGACUGCAGCUCCAACGAGAACCUGACGUCCAGUGAGGAGGACUUUUCCUCUGGCCAGUCCAGCCACGUCUCGCCCAGCCCCACCACGGCCUUCCGUCGGCCCUUCAGAGAGAAGAGCCGCUCGCCGUCCCAGAACUCCCAGAACUCCCAGCACUCCUUCGACAGCAGCAGCCCUCCAACUCCACAGUCCCAGAAGCGGCACCACCGGCAGCAGGGAGGCCAUGUGGUCAUGUCCGAGGCCACUAUUGUGAGUGUUCGCAAGACUGGUCAGAUCUGGCCACCUGCUGCCCAUCAUGACCUCAUGCCCCACGGUAGAGCAUCCCAUGACAACAGUUACCAUGGAGACCACUUAGAUGGCCACUACACUGGGACCCCUCCGACAUACGGUUACGAUGCAGACCGAGCGGAGGAGCAGCGAAGGCAUCACGACAUCCUGCCGUAUAUCGACGACUCGCCAUCAUCUUCUCCCCACCUCAGCUCCAAGAGCCGUAGCAGCCGGGACACCCUGUCCUCUGGAUCACUGGAGUCAUCCAAGUCGACUGAAUGCGACCUGGAAAAAGGUUUGGAGAUGAGGAAGUGGGUCCUGUCUGGGAUCUUGGCCACCGAGGAAACAUACCUCAGUCACCUGGAGGCGCUGCUGCUGCCCAUGAAGCCUCUGAAGGCGGCCGCCACGACGUCACAGCCGGUGCUCACCGUGGCCCAGAUAGAAACCAUCUUCUUCAAAGUGCCUGAGCUGUACGAGAUCCACAAGGAUUUCUACGACGGACUUCUGCCUCGCGUCCAGCAGUGGAGUCACCACCAGAGAGUCGGGGACCUCUUCCAGAAACUGGCCAGCCAGCUGGGAGUUUACCGGGCGUUUGUGGACAACUAUGAGCUGGCUGUGGAGACGGCCGAGAAGUGCUGCCAGGCCAACACACAGUUUGCUGAAAUCUCUGAGAACCUGAAGGUGAGGAGCCCCAAAGACUGCAAGGAGACAGCCAAGAACUCUCUAGAGGCUUUGCUCUAUAAACCAGUGGACAGAGUGACUCGCAGCACAUUGGUGCUUCACGACUUGCUGAAACACACGCCCACCAGCCACCCGGACCACCCGCUCCUGCAGGACGCCUUGCGGAUCUCCCAGAACUUUCUGUCCAGCAUCAACGAGGAGACGACGCCCCGGCGCCAGUCCAUGACUGUCAAGAAGGGAGAGAACCGGCAGCUGCUGAAGGACAGCUUCAUGGUGGAGUUGGUCGAGGGAGCCAGAAAGCUGCGGCACGUCUUCCUCUUUACUGAUCUGCUGCUCUGCGCCAAGCUGAAGAAACAAAUCGGAGGUAAAAACCAGCAGUACGACAGUAAGUGGUACAUCCCCCUGACUGACCUGACCUUCCAGGGCCCCGAGGAGACCGAGCCGCUCACCAUCCCUCAAGUCCCAGAUGAGGAGCUCGACGCCAUGAAGGUCAAGAUCUCACACCUUCGCAGUGAGAUUCAGAGAGAGAAGAGAGCCAACAAGGGUUCAAAAGUCAUCGAUCGUCUCAGGAAGAAGCUUUCGGAACAAGAGUCUCUGCUCCUGCUGACGUCUCCAAGCAUGCCCCUCAGACUCUACAACAAGAACGGCAAGAGUUACAGUUUUCUGAUUUCCUCGGACUACGAACGUGCCGAGUGGAAGGAGAUCCUAAAGGAACAGCAGAAGAAAUGUUUGAAAACUUCCUCUCUGACUUCCAUGGAGCUGCAAAUGUUGACCAGUUCUUGCGUCAAACUUCAAACUGUCCACCACAUUCCACUCAGUGUCAACAAAGAAGAGGAUGAAUCCCCCGGUCUCUACGGGUUCCUGAAUGUAAUCGUCCACUCUGCCUCCGGCCUCAAACAGAGUUUGAAUCUCUACUGCACAUUGGAGGUGGACUCCUUUGGCUUCUUUUCAAAUAAAGCCAAGACGAGAGUGUAUCGAUACACCACUGAACCCAAAUGGAAUGAGGAGUUUGAGAUUGAGCUGGAGGGCUCUCAGACCCUGAGGCUGCUCUGCUACGAGAAGUGUUACAACAAGACCAAGCAGAACAAAGAGGAUGGAGAGAGCACAGACCGCAUCAUGGGGAAAGGACAGAUCCCGCUCGACCCUCAGACACUCCAAGGCAAAGACUGGCAGAGGACAGUUAUUCCCAUGAACGGGAUCGAGGUGAAACUGUCCAUGAAGUUCACCAGUAGAGAGUUCAGCCUGAAGAGGAUGCCCUCGCGGAAACCCAUGGGAGUGUUUGGAGUCAAGAUCUCCACCGUGACCAAGCGAGAGCGCUCCAAGGUGCCCUACAUUGUCCGGCAGUGCCUAGAGGAGAUUGAGAGGAGGGGCAUGGAGGAGGUGGGCAUCUACCGAGUGUCAGGGGUGGCCACUGACAUUCAGGCCCUGAAGACGGCCUUCGACACCAAUAACAAAGACGUGUCGGUGAUGAUGAGCGAGAUGGACGUUAAUGCCAUCGCAGGGACCUUGAAGCUUUACUUCAGAGAGCUGCCAGAACCACUCUUCACUGACGAGCUCUACCCUAAUUUCGCAGGCGGCAUCACUCUGACUGAUAGUGUCGCCAAAGAGAGCUGUAUGCUGAACUUGCUGCUGUCGCUGCCAGAGCCCAACCUGGUCACAUUCCUUUUCCUUUUGGAUCACUUGAAGAGGGUGGCAGAGAAGGAGAGCAUCAACAAGAUGUCUCUCCACAAUCUGGCGACAGUGUUCGGGCCGACUUUGCUAAGACCCGCUGAGAAGGACAGCAAGAUCCCUGCUAACCCAACACAACCCAUCAGCAUGGGGGACAGCUGGUCCCUGGAGGUUAUGGCACAGGUCCAGGUGUUGCUAUAUUUCCUGCAGCUGGAGACCAUCCCCACCCCAGACAGUAAACGACAGAGCAUCCUCUUCUCCACUGAAGUAUAGAGCUAAAAAUGACUCUGUCUGACUAUGAAGGUGUGAAAAAGAGACAGACACUGGCUCAAAGUGAGCCUAUUUGUAGUAUGUUUUUGAAUUGACUGACCGUUCAGCUCUUGCCACUGGGAGGGAUUGUCUCCAUCAAUAACCUGCUGUGCUUGAACACAAGAGGGUGCCACUGGGCCUCUGAAGCUCAGAGGAUGGAGGUCCUUUCCUUGCCAUUCAUAUCUCUCAUUACCUGAUAGUUAGUAUGAUUCCCUGUACCUCCAGUGAUUUUAUGGGUACAUGCGCCAUCUUACAUUUCUCCACCUUGCUUCUUGUUGGUCUACAAUGCUGAACCUUUACAGCAUAACUGAAGACAUUGGAUGGAUGGAAAUCAGACCACAAAGAAGGAAACGUGUCUUGUCUUGAUUCUUGGAAUUGGUUUCGCCAACAAGUCUCCACCUAUCUUUGCGUUCGGGCAUUGUUCUCUAUUUGUGUUUAUUUUGGACAAUCAUUAAGUCAUCUUAAACAUUGCUUCACAUCCUGUUAAAGGAGAAAAGUAUGUCUUGUGUAAUGUCGGUGCAUUCUUUGAGACAAGAGGAAACAUUUGCACUGUGGGUUGGAGCUGAAAGUCAACAUGCAGAGCUACCACCAGACAACCAACACCUGUAGAUUAAAGUGUUUACAACGUAAACAAACCCGGUUGAUGUGUGUAAAGAAGAAAAGGAACCCGAUGAUUCGUCAGAGUCUGUGGGUUUUCAAACCAUAAAUGCAAAUUUCCUCUUAUUUGUGUUGUUUGUGUCACAAGGUAGUCUCCAGCUGAAAUACCCAGGAAGCAAUAUAUUUUCUAACAUAGGAACUGUCUGUGUUCAUAUCUUUGCUGACAAAAUGUCCUUCUUAUUGUAACAUCUUGCCAAAUUAAUAUUUUUUUGUUUGUUUCUAGGAAAAAAGGAAGCCGUUGUAUUUACAGAUAGACUACAUGUACAUAAUCUUAAAGUUGUAUUUUUCUUUUCGGUUAACAGUAUAAUCAUUGUUGCUGUUAUUGUAAUUUAUUUCGGGGGGGGCUGGUGGUGAAAUAGUUUUUCUAUGUGAACAUUUUAUUUUUUUUCUGUUUAAGAAAGUAGUAGGUCUUAGCCUUGACUUCAAAUCUUGCAGUAAAGAAGCAAGAUUUCGCCUUGUUCUAAUAGAAGCUACUCAGCUGUUCUGUCCAGCCUAUCAAUGAUUCAUUUAGGUCUUAUUAUGAAAGGUAACCCACACAUUGUAGUUACAUCCUGUAUGCUGCUGUGGAAAAAAGGCACAAGCUCUUUAACGUCUCACGUCCAGAGACCAUCGCCUGUCUAGCGUAGACAUUAUGCAAUGUCAUGAUACAGCACACACACAGACACAUGUAUGACAUUGAUUUUUUUUUGUAACAUUUCAUCCGUGGCUGCAGAAGUGCACUCAUGUUAGAACUACUGUAUUACAAUUCAAGUGGCCUGAACACUCCACAUUUAUGUCCAAUGAAGAGCUUACCUUUUGGUUUUAAUGAAGGAAAUUUAUUUUUAAUUCUCUCGCACAUUGUCUGCAACUCAAUGCCCAAGUUAGGGAAGAAACUCUUAUUUUGUUGAUACUAAAAUUACAUAUUUCUAUUAUUAAUUUCUUUGUCACUGAUUUAACAUGCAGGCAUGUUUUCUUGUUUUUAUUUCUCUGUUUUGAUCCUGUUACUGCUGUUUUGGUGUGUCGUCACAGAUUUGGAUUGGGGAUGUUCUUGGGGAUCUUGUUUACGUCACUACAGGAUGUCCUUUUAUAGUCAAUUUCAAUAUAACUAUUGGUUUCCCGUUUAUUUUAUAGGCAUAAAACUAAAACCAAUGCAUCUGAUAAGGGCUCAUGUGUGCUUGUGUCCAUGGUGAAGAUAGCAUCAGAAGGCAUACAUGAGAAGGCUUAACAAAAGUUUGCCUCUCAAAAGGUUCUUGAGGAUUAUGAAUACAUAUCAACCCUCUAAAUAUUAAGUUUACUUUGUCCUUGCAAUGUCCCAAAGACAUUUCUGUUGCCUGUUGUCGAUUUAGUUCACAGAUUAUCGAUAAAGCACCAUUACUGUGUCUGCUUCAUGAAUAUUGCCGUUAAAAUUUCUACCAUCGUGUACUUCCACUAUAUUCCAGCCUGCUGUAUCACACUCACAUCCCUUCACCGUCUAUAUUUUCGGGUGCGAGACAGAGAAUGAAUCAUUCAUUUUAUCACCCCAUGUGUCACCUUUACAAGUCCCGAUUGCCUGCACUGCUCUACCCUAUCGUGCCUCGACACUUAUGCUUUUGUUCAGCGCCUGUGGUACAAUAAACGUCGGUGAAGAACACUGACAGUGACGUCUUUUCUCCUGUUGCCUUUGCUGAGGACAGCCACACGUCUUUCGUCUCUUAUAUAGACUAAGACAGGACCUUAAACUUAAGCACGGUCUUAGCUCAUACUGUAACAUGCCUGUUUCUACUCACCACCUUCAUCUGACUGUGAUGCUGUAACUGUGUUAAAGUCGGUCUUAUUCGGGGCAGAAAUUUCUUUCCCUUGUCCUUGUUUUAGCUCUUAAAAUUUCCUCUAAUGCCUUUUAUUUGUAUUUAUUGACGCUCUCUCUCCCAGUUUGCUAUAAGACGGUCUGCUGGAUCUAUUUAUUUAUGAUAUAAUGUCAUCGGAAGCUAAAUUAAUGUGAGAAAAUGGUCUUUGUAUGAUGUGCUUUCUUUGAAAGGUUCACGUUUAUCUGCUAUUGUUUCUCGAAGUGAGUAAGUGUUGUUUCUGUUGAAGUUGCAACGAUUUGUCUCUGUUUCAUCCCGGAGUCACAACCAGCACGUAGAACUGCAAAAUGUCUCUUCAGUUCCUGCACUGUCAGCUCAUGUUUGAGUUCUUUGUGAUGUACAACAGACUGGCCACUGUGAUUGUUUAUCUGAUUUAGAUAUCUGAAUAGCAGGCGCAGGGUCUUGUCGAUUUAAACGGUAGAUUCUGUGAGUUUGCGUAACUCCAACUUCUCCUAAUUUUCCAUAGAGUUGUAUAAUAUGUAUUAUACUAGAAAUACAUAAUUUGGUUUCCCUUUUAUUUAUUGUGGCGUCCACUGAUUGUUUUGAGGAUUGAGCUGGUGCACCUCUAGUCUCUUUGGAAAUCUGAACUGUCAGUGUGUGGUAGAGGAGAAACAAGUUUUAUAUUACUCUGAAUCUGCAUUGUUUUGGUCUGUUGAUUGUCACUGUAAUUGCAUGUACCCUCCAUAAUACAGUUCCCCUCCAUAACCUCAGUCCCAACCAAAAACUGUGGAGUAGCCUGAAGAUAUGGUACAUAUAACUCUAUAUGAAAUCUCUUGCAUUUAUUGUACAUGACCCUGGUAUCUAUCACUACAUUUCCACACUAUAGUUAAUACUCUCAAAUGCUGCCACUUCUCUGACUUCAUGCUACCAUUAAAUUAGGCUACUUUAAUCUUUGGGGAAAUAGUUUUCUUUUAUUCAACGUAUAACAACGUCAAGCUGAGGACGAGACUUGCCGACCGCCACAAACAUUUUUAUUCCUCAACUUUUGACUCUUGUUCCUGUUAAAUAUUCAAUGUUCUGCUUGUAGAACUGUAAAAAGGAAUACUGUAUUCUGAGGGCAAACAUGUUUGGAAGGCAUUUGCAGCCUAUGUUUGUACACAAAAAUGUUAAAUAAAAUCUCCUGUAUCUACAUAAAA